AUGUUCUCUAAAAUGGUAUCCAAGCUGACCUCCCUGCAGCAGGAACUUCUCAGCGCCUUGUUGGACUCAGGAGUUACCAAAGAUGUUUUGAUCCAAGCCCUGGAUGAUAUGGACCCGAGCCCGGCCGGCUUUGGAGUAAAACUGGAGAACCUGCAGAUGUCCCCCGCUCCGCCGAGUGCCAAAAUGAACGGCAGCGAUUCGGAUUCAAAGCCCGUCUUUCACACGCUCACCAACGGGCACAGCAAGGGCAAACUGUCCGGGGACGAAGGCUCCGAGGACGGGGACGACUUUGACACGCCGCCGAUACUGAAGGAGCUGCAGUCGCUCAACACGCAGGAGGCCGCCGAGCAGAGAGCGGAGGUGGACCGCAUGUUGGCUGAGGAUCCGUGGCGUGCUGCCCGCAUGAUCAAAGGUUACAUGCAGCAGCACAACAUUCCCCAACGGGAGGUGGUGGACAUAACGGGGCUGAACCAGUCUCACCUCUCCCAGCACCUCAACAAAGGCACGCCCAUGAAAACGCAGAAGCGAGCGGCCCUCUACACCUGGUAUGUCAGGAAACAGCGGGAAAUUCUCAGACAGUUCAACCAGGCAGUGCAAGGUUCUGGCAGCAAUAUGACAGACAAAGGCAAUCAGGAUCCGGUGUUUUUUUUCCCAGAGUUCAAUCCGUCUGGUCAGGGCAUGGGGCAGCCCGGCGAGGACAUUGGCACUGAACCCUCCUGCAAGAAAAUGAGACGUAACCGUUUCAAAUGGGGGCCCGCAUCCCAACAAAUCCUCUACCAGGCCUAUGAAAGGCAAAAGAACCCCAGCAAAGAGGAGAGGGAAGCCCUGGUGGAAGAGUGCAACAGAGCUGAGUGUCUUCAGAGAGGAGUUUCCCCUUCCAAAGCUCAUGGCCUCGGCUCUAAUCUGGUCACCGAGGUGCGAGUCUAUAACUGGUUUGCCAACCGGCGCAAGGAAGAGGCCUUCAGGCAGAAGUUGGCGAUGGAUGCCUACAACCCGCCGACUCACAGCAUCAACCCCCUGCUGUCACACAGCUCUCCACAUCACCCCCAGACCAGCGCAUCGCCUCCCAUCCGGUAUAGCCAGGGGCCUGGUGAGGUCAGCUCCUCCACAGCAAUCAGUCACCACGGUAGCAACGCCAUGGCAACCAGCCAGUCGGUGCUACAGCAGGUGUCUCCAGGCGGACUGGACCCCAGCCACAGUCUGCUGUCACCUGAUGCCAAGAUGAUUUCAGGUUCAGGUGGAGGACUUCCUCCUGUCAGCACACUGACCAACAUCCACAGCUCCCAUCACGCACAUCAGCAGACACAGAACCUCAUCAUGCCUCUUUCUGGAGUCAUGGCUAUAGCACAAAGUUUGAACACAUCGCAGUCCCAAACAGUGCCAGUGAUCAACAGCGUGGCAGGCAGCUUGGCGGCGCUGCAGCCGGUGCAGUUCUCUCCGCAGCUCCACAGCCCCCACCAGCAGAGCCUGAUGCAGCAGUCUCCCAGUCACAUGAACCAGCAGCCCUUCAUGGCCACUGUCACACACUCACACAUGUAUCCUCACAAGCAAGAGCCCCCGCAAUAUUCCCACCCGUCACGUUUCCCCUCAGCCAUGGUGGUCACAGACGCCAACAGCAUCAGCACCCUUAGCUCCAUGUCUUCAAGCAAGUCGGAUGCUCCAGUAAACAAGAUGGUGCAACUCGGGGGUCUCUCCUGGUGUCCUCUUCAAGCUUGGUGA